GUUGCGACUGCACUUGGCAAGGGCGGCUGAGGGUUCCGCACAAGCCGGAGGGCUCGGCAGCCACAGCAGGACGGCAGAGCCCGGCUGCGUAGCAAGGGUCCCCGCACGGCGUCGGAGCAGCAUGCCCGCCCUGGCCAACCUGACGCAGACCCUGGAGGACGCCUUCAGGAGGGUCCUCGUCGGGUACAUGGACGCGUGGCGCCGGAACACGACCGCCCAGCAGGAGGCGCUGCAGGCCCGGGUGGACGCCGAGAACUUCUACUAUGUCAUCCUGUACCUCAUGGUGAUGAUCGGCAUGUUCUCCUUCAUCGUGGUGGCCAUCCUGGUGAGCACGGUGAAGUCCAAGCGGCAGGAGCACUCCAACGACCCCUACCACCAGUACAUCGUGGACGACUGGAAGCAGAAGUACAAGAGCCAGAUCCUGAGCCUGGAGGAGGCCAGGGCCACCGUCCACCAGAACCUCGGCGCGGCGGGCUUCAAGACGUCCCCGUGAGCCUGGCCGGCGUGGCUCGGUGGAGAGAGCCUCGGCCUGCGGACCCAAGGGUCCCG